UCGCGAAUCGGUUCGUGGUGUGAAGUCAUUUCUGAGAGGCUGGAACGUCAGCGGAAUCGGAUUCGGUCGCUUCGGCCAAUCCUGAGAGUGGCCGUAACGAGGAGUGAGGACUUGAAGAACUCGAGGGAUCAGACGUCUAUUAUUCCGUUCUCGUUGAGGCGCUGAUCGGCUUCCAGAGACUUCCGUUAAUGUUAUUACCGGCAAUUAUACAUCGAUUAACGUGAUAAUUUUAGCGCGAUGUGUGCCGAGACCAGACCAUAGAUAAUUCCCGUUCACCUUCCGAGCCACGUGAGGUCAAACGUGAGUCACAUCAUCGGCGAAAUUGAGCAUCAUGUUCUUAAGAGGAUUGGGUGCUGGGGGUCGGGGUGUUGUUGGUUGUGAGUGUACCAGGAAACCGAAGUGCGGAGCAGUGAAUACGCCCGGUGAUCGGAAGAUUAAGUCACGUCGAGCUGGUAUCUGUUUGCAGAUUAAUAACGCACACACCGAUACGCAAUCUUUCUGGUUGCAAGAUAACACGAGGCCAGCCUAACCGUGUCCCCGAAGGUCUAUCGAGUCUACUGUUUCAAGUGAUUUUUCGGCAGUGGCACUACGCGACUAAUCCACUCCGCGUUUCUUCAGUUGCGUAAUGCACGCUCACCGCGAUUUUCAUCGCGAAAUUUCGCACACGUAACUAUCGGCAUCGAGCGGUUCCUCUCGUCGAUGAUCGGCGCGUAAUAUUUUAAUGAAGCCAAACGAAAGUGCCUCGAGUCGCCUGGGGUCAUAGUGGUUCUCCGAAUUCAUUCGGGAUACUGGUAUCAGUUCUCAACGAGUGAUUCUCGCGCGCGCGAUCAUCGCUGGCUUGGUUCAGCGACUUUUGGAUAUUUGGAUUACCGCCAUGACUGCGAGGACGGGGAGCUUCUGGAGGAUUGGAACCUUCAACGAUCAAGCUAAAAAACAAAAUGGCACUGCCUUACGGACGAACAGUCUGGGUUCGGGCGCUCGGACGCCACCGUUGGAAAGAAAAAGCAAGUUCUCGGCAUUCGGGAGAUUAUUCAAACCAUGGAAAUGGAAACGGAAAAAGAAAUCCGACAAGUUCGAAGCUGCCUCCAGAUCGCUCGAGAGAAAAAUCUCGGUACGAGCGAACCGCGAGGAGUUGGUACAGAAAGGAAUUCUCUUGCCCGAAAGUCCGUCGUCGCCGAUCCCCGAGCACGGUCCAGCCGGUGAUCCAGGCAUCAUACAGCUACCUCCUUCCACGCUGUCGCAGCAGCAGCAACAGUUGCAGCAACAACUGCAACAGCACCAUCAGCAGCAGCAGCAGCAGCUGCAGCAACAACAACAGCAGCAGCAGCAGCAGCAGCAGCAGCAGCAGCAGCAGCAGCAGCAGCAACAACAACAACAACAACAACAAAAUUCCCACGGAACGCCGGCGUCAACGCCGAACUCAGGUGGGUCUUCCGUCCAUCACCAACAGAACCAGCAGAACCAGAGUUCGCAGUCCGGUACACCGACUCCAACAACAGCGAACCCGCCGUCCUCCAUCGAUGGUCAACCCUCGUCCCAGCCGUCCCCGCGGCCAUCGCCGCUCACCCCGUGCCUCCAAUCAUCGGGGCAGCUCAACGGCAACACGCAAGAGCCGAAGAAAGAAAAGACUGAACAGAGUGGAAAUGGCGCGCUAUCGCCGAGCGGGGAACACCCGAAUUCGGGUAGCGUCGUUCCCGUUUCGACGGCACCAUGCAGCGCCAACGAUCAGCAGAAGCCGAACCGACCCAGCACCCUUGGAGCACCCGGAAAGCUCACGAGGAGGCUUUUCUGCUACCACAGCGAGCACUGUAUGUCCCGACAGUCCCCUCCGAGACAAAACCGGCACGCCGGCUCAGGCAUGCCAGAUGUCGGUCAUCAAGGUACGACGCCGCCGCCCCAACAGCAACAGCAACAGCAACAGCAGCAGCAACAGCAACAUCAACAACAUCAACAGCAAUAUCUGCCACUUCCGCCGCAGAACACUCUCAUGCUCUCCGAACUUCCGGAACCCCCGAUUCCCCUGAGCGAAAUCGGUCCCAUACCACCACCCCCUAUGUUCAGCUCCCCGAGUCCGACAUUGCUUUCGAGACAGCAGCAGCAGCAGCAACAACAGCAGCAACAACAGCAGCAACAACAGCAGCAACAGCAGCAACAACAACAGCAUCAGCAUCAACAUCAACAUCAGCAAAGCACCGGAAGCGGCGUGCACAACGCGGUUCCCUUAGAUCUGUCAGACUACGACUAUGAAGAUCAGGAAGAAAUCGACGUCGAGGAGGACGACGAGUACGAUCCGAGGUACAUACUCAGGUUCUCGCAGCCAGAUCCGGCCAUCGAUACGUCGAAGGUCGAGCAAAUACCGGCCAAGGAACCAAAGUUUCACGCCAUGCCGCUGAAGAGCGCCCUUAAGAAAAAGGGACCGGGAAGCGGACCCGGAACUCCGCAGAAUACGCCGACCCAGGAAAACAGGCCCCUCACUCUACGUCAGGAGGUCUCUUUCAAAAGGCUACCGUUGAGGCCUAGGAUAAGAAUAUGCAGUCGACCCGUUCGAUUCGGUCUGGCUCUGCCUUGCACUUUGGAGAACAAGGAGAACGCGAGGCCGUACGUGAUCCGGGAAGAUACCGAAGGCGACACCGGGGACGGACAGGUUCUCUACCGAGACGAGGAGGACGAGGAGAGUGAGUAUCGUCUUGCGGCAAAAAUUGCAAGGAAGGAAUCGUUGUCUCUGAAAUUGGCACUUAGGCCAGACAGGCAGGAGCUCAUCAAUAGAAAUAUCCUUCAGAUACAAUCGGACAAUGAGCGGCAAGAAUCUAAGGAGGCAAUCGGAGCCAGGCUGAUAAGGCGGCUGAGCAUGCGGCCAACGCAAGAAGAGCUGGAGGAACGAAAUAUUUUGAAAAAACAAAGUCCAGCCGAGGAGAAAAAGCAGAAGGAAGAAAAGAAGCGUUACCUUUUACGGAAACUCAGCUUCAGGCCGACCGUAGAAGAAUUGAAAGAAAAAAAGAUCAUCAGGUUUAACGAUUACAUCGAGGUGACGCAGGCGCACGACUACGACAGAAGGGCCGACAAGCCUUGGACGAGAUUAACGCCAAAGGAUAAAGCAGCCAUUCGUAAGGAGCUGAACGAAUUCAAAAGCUCCGAAAUGGCGGUACACGAGGACAGUAGACACCUGACUAGGUUCCAUAGGCCAUGACAAUUGCAAUGUGUUAAGGUGCUAGAGUGUGAUGCGGGUUCAGGUGCGGUUCAAGUGCGUCGGAUUCGCUCUGAGCUUCGGUUAAAUCCGUGCAAUAAUGUCACAUCUAUGAAUUAUACAGAGUGCGCGACGACGCCUUUACUGGCGGUUAUCAAAUCGCCAUUUUCACCGUACGCAAGGUUAUUUCUAUCACCGGCGUCGGCGAUUAUUGUGAUAGGGUGAUCUGUCCGAUAUUUAGCGACGGGUCACUCGCUGAUCUUAAGGCUCUAGUUCGCACGCGAGUUUCGAAAAUUCUACAUAUUGUUUGUCUCGAUAUUCGCGAAACUUUACCGGCGUUCAAACAACAUUUCUUACCAUCGGGAAAAGUACGAGGAGUAUCGAUGCUGUUGCAGAUUUGUCAAACGAAUUUAUAGCUCGGUUUUCCUCGUUUGUUACCGAUAUACUUCGCCAACUUUACCGCUGGAUUGUAAUCCGUCUCGAGUGCGAACUGAUUCCUUAUGCACGUAAACACCAUUUGCUAGCAAGCUGGCUCUGCGCUAAUAUCUGGCACGCGUGAAAAGUUCGUUUCUUUUCUUUUUCUUUAAAAUCAACACGUUCUUCUUUGCGAUUUGAACUAGUUUCUUGUGCGGUUAUAAGUUUGUCUUUCGAUAAAUUAAUUAUACGGUGACGAUGAUUAAUUGUUAUUGCCAGAUGAUGUUAUUUGGCAGAGCUAUCUUGGAUUGCGAACGCUUACGAUUUAUUAUUAUUACAAAUAUAAGUACUAUAUAUAUAUAUGUAUGUAUGUAUGUAUGUAUGUAUGUAUGUAUGUAUGUAUGUACGUAUGUACGUAUAUACGUAAAUACAUACAAAUACAGACGUUCUGUGCAAUAUUAUAGUUUGCACGUUAUAGAGCGUUUUAAUAUGUAUACAUAAUAGUAGUUGAUAUUGUAUUGACUUCAAUCACUUAUCAGAAUAGGAAAAAAAAACAGAUUAAAAAUUCAACAAGAAAUAUAAAUAAAAAAUAAAACCAUAAAUAUUAACUUGAUAAUUGAUUUUGGUAAAUUAUCAAUAAAACGAAAUUGAUAAAAGUCCGUGAAUUUAUUGAAUCGCUGAAAACGAAAUAAAAUGUUACUCGUUAGUUGUUGGCUGAAUAAAAUACAUAUUGUUAGAAUUGUUGAAAAAGAAGGGGAGAAAAAAAUUACCGGCAACAAUACGUGUCCUACGGCUUCAUUUUCGUAUUAACAUCUUUUGCACAAAUUCUUGGACGUAAUUUUCGAUAAACAUAAAUAAAUGAACAAAUAAAUCAUUUAAUAACACGUCAUCUAAUCUGAUCAUUGUCCAGGUUCUGACUAAGCGAAAAGAUUGGAAACUCAAUUGUACUCUCUAACAUUUAACAAUAGUCAAUUUUUUGUCAAACCUUUGUCCGUGUCGUGUAAAUAACGUCAUAAUUUCAACCGAAAGAAGGUGUAUAAUAUUGUUAUAAUUUUCAAAAGCUCAAAUCUGUCUUCGUUUUAAUAUUUUCAACUUGAUUAAGUGUGUUUGUUUUUUCUUUUUAUCAUUAUUAUUUCUUCAACGAUGAGCAUACUUUUAUCAAGAAGGGUGAACUUUGAGAAGUAUAUUUUUAUUAAGUAUAAGUCGAUGCGUCUAAUUUUUUUUUUCGUCGCUAUCGAUGUCGAAGUCGUGAAAAUUUUUAACCACUAUGUCCGAUUUUCUAACCCUUUCUCGCAUCAGAAUAAUAGUAGUAGUAGUAGUAGUAGUAGUAGUAGUAGUAGUAGUAGUACUAGUAAUAGUACUAGUAGCAGUAGUAGUAGUGGUAGUAAUAGUAGUAGUGGUAGUAGUAGUAGUUAUAACAAUAAUAAUUAUAAUAAUAACAAAAACAACAACAAUAAUAAUAAACGUAAUAGUAAUAUUAAUAAUAAUUGAAUAGUUGUACAAUACAAUAUUUAAAUUUGUAUCCAUCGUAGACGCAAUAAAAUAUUUAAAACAAAGGAAGUUCGUGUAAAACAAAGUGAAAUUAAGAAGAGAAGAGGAGGAAAAAAAAUUAAAAACAGACGCGUAAUAAAUUUUCUGUAUAUAUCGUCUAGGAGAUAAGCUCCGUUAUAUAAUUAUAUAAAUAAUUACGUAGUAACUGCGCUAUAUAAUUAAAAGAAAGAAUAAUAAUAAUAAUAAUCAUAAUAACAACAACAGUAAUGAAAAUAAUAAUUUUCGUUCUUGUUAUCAUCAUCAUCAUUAUUAUUAUUAUAGUAAUGGAAAUUAUAAAUAUAAUCUUAAUAUUGCGUUAAAAAAAAGUAUGUGCAUUUUCCAGCACAGAAACUUGGUAUUUUGUGUACAAAAGUUGUUGAACAUUUGUGGCUGUAAUAAUUGGUUGAGUAGGGAAGUGUAUCUUUUUUUUUCAUGGAAAAGAUGAUGCUACUGAUGCUGCAUUUAUCGUGCAAGCAUUUCAGGGAAGCAUUUACACAGCAGGUUCAACUAUACUAGACGAUAUAAAGCAAUUUCUCUUUAUCGUCGAAAACAGCAUCUGUACGGACGCUGAGCAAUGCGCUGCUUCCUUAGUCCGCGAUUUACUUGAAAAGAACUAGAUAAUAGCAGAGUAUUGUUUUGUACCGCCUAGAGAAACGGUGAGAAUUCGUAGAAGAGUAAUAUUAUGCGUUAUAAAUUAAACGGGAAGAAAGGAGAGGAAAUUAAAAGAUCAUAGUAUUAUGUCCGUGUAAAGAACAAAUUUAACUCGUAUGAAAUAAUAACGAUACUAAUAUAAAAACUAAUGGCAAAUUGAAGAAAAAAAGGUAAAAAGAAAAAAAAAAAAAAAUGGUGAUGAGGAAACGAAGUGGAAAAUUAAUAAAGAAAGAAA